AAUUUUGUGAAAUUAGUGCUUUGGGAACAGGGUGGGAUCAGGCCUGGAAUCUGAAUUUAUGCAAUCGCUUUAGUUUUGCUUGUGAAUAAAACUGAGUUCACUGACUGCACAAUGGUUUGAAGGGGGGUGAAGGAGCUGUCUUAGGGAGCAGUGGGUUUAACACUGAAGUGUUUAUGGACAGGGAGUGCCAGAGCAGCUCCAGGCAGAGCUUUCGGUGCGUUUGUGGCAGGGCCCAGGCUCCUGCCCUCUGGAAUGAUUCCCUGCACACCCCGCUGCUUUGUAUUGAGAGCAAUCUCCUCCCUGUGUUACCGCGCUGCUGAAUGAGCAUAAAGGAAACCUUAAAAAACCCCAAACACCUCCCAGUUUUGAGGCGGGCACUGACACCACUCCCCUUUCCUCAGCCCGGCUGCCCCGGAAGCGCUCCCGGCUCCCGCAGCGCCUCCGGGUCGGUCCCGCGGCUGCUCCGGGAUGGGCAGGGCGGCGGGGCUGGCGCUGCUGUGCUGCGGGGUGCUGGCGCUCGCAGACGAUGGCAGCAUGGUGCAGCUGCCCGGCGGCACCUUCCGGAUGGGAUCCGCCUCCCUGCACAGGAGGGGCGAGGAGGAGCCGCCCAGGGACGUGACACUGAAGCCGUUUGCUCUGGACAAACACCCGGUGACAAACAGGGACUUCAGUCAGCCCCGUGGUGGCUGCCCAUCGAGAAGGCAUUUUGGAGACAGCCCUCAGGCCCUGGCUCCAGCAUCAAGGACAGGCUGGAUUACCCAGUGCUGCACGUGAGCUGGAAUGAUGCUCAGGCCUUCUGUGCCUGGAAGGGGAAGCGGCUCCCGUCGGAGGAGGAGUGGGAAUUUGCUGCCAGGGGAGGACUGGAGCAAAGGAUGUAUCCCUGGGGAAACAAGUUCCAGCCAAACCGUACAAACCUGUGGCAGGGUGAGUUCCCUCAGGGGGACACGGCUGAGGACGGCUACCACGGCGUCUCCCCAGUGACAGCCUUCCCUGCCCAGAACAGCUACGGGCUCUAUGACCUGCUGGGAAACACCUGGGAAUGGACAGCAUCAGAAUUCCUGGCUCCAGGAAGGGCAGCCAGGGCUCAGAACAUGCAGGUGCUGAGAGGAGCCUCGUGGAUUGACACUGCAGAUGGCUCUGCAAACCACAGAGCUCGUGUCACCACCAGGAUGGGGAACACACCAGACUCUGCCUCUGACAACCUCAGCUUCCGCUGCGCCGCCGACAUCCCGCCCGUGCCAGCCUGGAAGAGCCAGAGCAAACCUGAGCUCUGACCCUCACUGGGAACACCUGAGACAUUUUCUCCUGUGGAGAUGAACAGUAACCCCAGCUGUCACUUCAAUUAAACCCCAAUUGUUUUUCAGAUUAAAAAUAAUUUCAGCCUU